AUGGUCUGGUCCGAGUGGGCAUUGGCGACCAUCGACCUAGUUGUUGACCACGAUCUGUUUCCCCUGCAACCUUUCCACAGCGUUAAUUCUUUUUUCUAUUUCUUUAGAAACUGUUCAGGACUCAGAACCACUUCCGAGAUAAUUGAAGCUGUUGACUUGUUUCACUUGUUAACCAUUAACGAUUAUGAAGCAGAUCGGGGCGAUUCGAUCACCAGCAACAACAUCAACAACAGCAACAACAUCAGCAACAUCAACAGCGACAAAACAGCUAUGAACAACUCCCUUGUUGUCUUCGUCGUUGUUUUCAUAGCAGUUUCCAUCGUUAAUGUUGCUGCCUGGUCCAACAUCCCAGAUCGUUAG